AUGUCAUCGCCUGGUGCCUCGUCACCCGAUGCCAUCGUUUUCGAUGGUAACGGAGAUCUCUGGCUGACUGUCGGUUCCGGUUCAUCUUCUACAAUCCUCCAUGUUGACUCUCACGCCCUCUGCCGGGCCUCCAAGGUCUUCCGCGCCAUGCUACGGGGCCGCUUCAGCGACUCGAAGCCCGCCAACGACCUGCAUCGCUGGGGAGUAAAGCUUCCCGAGGACAAUCCAGAAGCCUUUGUUGUUCUCAUGGACAUCGUCCAUGUAAACUUCGACCAUGCCCCUCUGGAUCUAAAGCCUCAAGAGCUCUACAACAUCUGCGUCUUGGCCAACAAAUACGACAUGACCAAGACGCUGCGGCCGAUGGCGACAGCGUGGUAUCAAAGGCUCAAGAGCAUGUGCCAGCGCAGUAAGAAGAUGCAGGCAUACAGCAAGAAUCUAUUCGUGGCUUGGGAGCUCGGAUGCCAGGGCGCAGUGGAGGAGAUGCUUCAGGAUAUCGCCGAAAAAUGCCACGUCGACGAGUUCGGCAGCUUGUUGAUUGAUAGACAUACUCGGCUGGACGACUUGGAAACUUUCAGACUGAUUCCUUUGAUCGGUGAGUUAAGACGACUUUCGAUUUAG